GUGUGGGUGUGGGUGUGAGGGUGUGUGGGAAUGGCCAAGUCAGUCAGUCAGUCGAACUGCACGCUGCCCUCAGAGGCGAUGGUCGAGGCCAUUGAGCCGACACGAGCAAUGGUUCCGCUGAAGUGCUUGAACUCGGGCCAGCUGGUCCGGGAGUCGGUGGGCGUCUUAGAAGCAGACGGCUCCUGCUGCUGCUUGCUGGCCACGGCGUACUUCCUCUCCUCGACGUUGUACUCGUUGAAGCCGACAACAGCCUUGAGAUCUAUCGUCACAAGACACACACAAGUUCACACACAUGGAUGGGAUGGCAAGGGAUGGGUGGGCUGACGGAUGGACACUCCCUCACCCACCCACCCGAGAAGGAGGAUAUGUGCGGCGUGGUGUCGUGGCCGUUUUUGAGUGCGCCGAGCACGCCCCUGACGGCCUUGAUGGAGGUCGACACGAGCGACGUCGAGUAGAUGACCAGCUUGUACCCCACCUCCUCCAGCUCGUCCACCGACAGGAACGGCGUGCUGCCCCCCUCGAUAAGAUUCGCCAUCUUCGGACCUCCCACCUCACUGACACACACACACACACACACAGAGAGAGAGAGAGAGGACGGACACACACCACAUGCGUCUCAUGUGUGUGUGUGGUGUGGGUGGAUGAGUGCAUGAGUGGAUUGGAGGGGUACCUUCCUUACCUGCAGUAGCGUCGCAUCUCUUCGACGGUCCUGGGUGCCUCGAGGAAGGCAAUGUCCGCACCCAUUGCGUGGAAGGCCCGGCAGCGGCGGAUGGCCUCAUCAAGCCUGCACUCACACACACCCAUACAUACGACAGAGGUGAUGUGUGGCUAUUUGUGGUCUCUCUCUUCUCUCAUCUCCUUCUCAUCUCACCCACCCGAGGGAAGCCCGCGCGUCGGUGCGGGCCAGAAUGCAAAUGUCGGCGCCCUCAUCCCUGCCAGGACACACCAAGCACACAACGGGUGAGAAACGACACGCAGUGGAUGUGCUGUGCUGUGGUGUGGUGUAGCCGGCCGAGCGCACCCCACCGUACCGCGCGUCAAUGGCGGCCAUGACGCGCAUGCAGGCGUCUUCGAACGGGAUGACCUCCUUGCCCGCGGGGUGGCCGCACUUCUUGGGCGCCACUUGGUCCUCUAUCAUGAUGCACGCCACACCCGCACGGGCGUACCCCUGAACCGUCCUCUUGACGUUGACCGCAUUGCCUGUUUGACCCACACACACACAGACCCAUGGUGUGUGUCGUGUGUGCACACAGCUACCUGCAGUGCAGUGAAAGCUUACCGUAUCCGGUGUCACCAUCAGCGAUGAGCGGGAUGCUUUUGACGGCCUCCGUGAUCGCCCGGCAGCUGUCCAGCAUCUCAGAGUAGGCCAGCAUCUGGGUGUCGGGGAAUCCACGCGCGCCAGACACCGAAAACCCGCUCAUGAAGGCGCAGGGGAACCCUGAUGGACACACCACACACAGCCGCACACACGCACGAUGGAUGCAGUGCAGAUCUCAGCUGAUCUCUCCCUGAUCCAAUUAAUCCAGUGCGGACCUUCCUGCUCAACGAGCCUGGCGGUGAGAUCGUCGUAGCAGCCUGGCGCCUGGAUGACCCCGGUGGGCGAGUUGAGGAGCUCACGCAGGCGCUCGGCAGCGGGGUUGCGGUGGGGACCCAUCAUCUUAUUUUGGUCGUUCGAGGGGUGGGCUGUGGGCUGCAGGCGACGUUCAGUUGACCCAGAGAUGACGGGAGAGAGAGGGAUGGUAGGGAAGCAGGGAGGCCAGCAGGCAAGAAGGAGGAGAGUGACGGCGGAUAUCAAAG